CUCAGUUGGCCGGACGGAUCUUGGGAGUGCCUUUCACGAGGUCAUGGCUUUCUCCCCUCCCGGGUUCGAUUCCUGUGGCAGGCUCCUGAAAUUUAUCCUCUCCGUGGGCUGUGGGGCAGGCUGGCACGGGGCACAGGAUUAGUCGCGGACCGUUAGACGGACGUGGACACCCGGAGCGAUAUCUAAAAAAAAAAAGAGGGAGAGAGUAAUGAUGAAAUAAAUGCAUAAGAUGCUUAUUUAUUGGGCACUAUUUAUAUUUUUUAAAUUUAUAUAAUAGGAAAAAUCAAAGAGUUCAGUUGCCUCUGAUUCAAUUCAAAGAUUCAUGGCAUAACGAAACUCGCUACAGAGGAGAGACCGAGAAAGAGAGAGAAGAGGCAAGAAGAAUGCAUUCGUAUGGGAACAGAAUGGGCAAUCUGUUGACGGUAGCAGCCUUAUCACUGGGCGCAAUAUGUGCAAUGGCCUCUCUCUGUGACCAUCUCCACGUUCCUUCUCCUUCAGCUCAUGCUCAGGUGCUAAAAAUCAGUCGGUUUCGGAAGCACCGCAGUGGUGACGAUGAGGUGGGCCUGGAAUUAAAUGUCUCAGCAAAUUUACAGUCGACAUUUACAUGGAACACAAAGCAGGUUUUUCUCUUUGUAGCAGCUGAAUAUGAAACCCCAAAGAAUUCAAUUAAUCAGAUAUCCCUAUGGGAUAGGAUUAUUCCUGCUAAGGAGUAUGCGGACUUCUCAAUCCACAUCAAGAACAAGUAUCGUUUCACUGAUCAGGGAAAUAAUCUCCAGGGCAAAGAGUUCAACUUGACAUUGUGCUGGCAAGUCAUGCCAAAGUCUGGAAGGAUGUUUGCUGACAAGAUUGUCAUGACAAGAUACCGCCUGCCAGAUAAAUACCAAUGAACAUGUCUUUAUGGAUUUAUUAGUAUCUCUGUUAUAGGACAGAUGAAGACUAGAUCAAGAUUUUCUUCUUUUUCUUCUCCUUCUUUCUUCCAAAGGUUGGUCCAAAAUGAAAAUUAUUUCGCGAUUUACUGGGGGAAGUUAGGUGAAGGAAUGCCUUCCCUAAUUGAUUUAUUUGAGUACAAUCCACAAUUGAUUUAUUUUUUUCCGAUGGAUCAAUGACCUUAACAUAUUGAUGCAGAAUGCAUGAAAAGCCUUUUUAAAA